AUGUCGUCUCAAGCGGUGAUGUCGAUUGACCUGAAGUCCCUAAAGCUGGUCGCGAGUGGUAAAGUAAGAGAGAUAUACCAGAUCGACAAGUCUACUCUCCUCAUGGUCGUCACGGAUAGAGUAUCUGCAUAUGACGAGAUCCUCUCUAGUGGAAUCCCCGAUAAAGGAGCUAUCUUGUGUCAGAUGUCAGCGUAUUGGUUCACUCUUCUCGGCGCCCAAAUGCCGAAUUUCAGACACCAUGUUCUGAGCCUUCAGCCACCGUCCGGCUGCCAAAUCGUGUCUCUUUCGGAGAGAGCAACCUUACGAGGUCGAUGUAUGCAGAUCCAGGCCCUAAAGGUGUUUCCUAUCGAGGUCAUCGUUCGGGGCUACCUUACAGGGUCUGCAUGGGAUGAAUACAAAAAGUCUUCAACAGUUCACGGUAUUCCGCAGCCGGCGGGGCUGCAACGCUGUCAGGCGUUCCCGGGGGGGCCGAUCUACACACCGUCCACGAAAGCGCCCCAAGGUUUUCACGACGAGAAUAUUUCGCCCGAGGAGGCAAGAAGGAUUGUGGGCGAAAAGUGGGCUGGGGAGAUUGAAAAUCUUGCCCUCAGUAUCUACAAGACCGCUCAUUCAUUCGCUAUGGAGAGGGGCAUCAUCAUCGCCGAUACCAAGAUGGAAAUCGCCCUCGACGAGAAGAAAGACGAGAUAGUUGUAGUAGACGAGCUGUUGACUCCUGACAGCUCGCGUUUUUGGCCAGCGCCGGUCCGUGUGGGCGAAGAGCAACCAAGCUUUGAUAAGCAGCACAUUCGUGAUUACUUAAAAGCCCACGGCCUGGUGGGAAAGCCCGGCGUAGAGCUACCCGAGCACAUUGUUACUGAGACGACAAAUGCAUAUAGGGAGGUUUUUAGAAGGCUUACCAGCCAAACCCUUGAACAGGCUAUGGAAGCGUUGGGGGAUUGA